GCAGACGAGCACUGGACUGGUUGUUCUGGACCGAGACAAAGGAGGAAGAAACAGCCCAGUUUAAAGGAUUUAUUAUUGUUUUUAUUAUAAUUUUCAGCCUCUGUGUCAGGAGUUCCUGUGUCAAUUUCCUCUGAGUGAAUCUUGGCUCGCCAUGCGUCUUGUCUGUUUCAGUUGGACUCUACGUUUUGAGCUCUGAGCGAUCUGGAUCCUGCUGCUGGGAUGUAGCGGAGGGCAAACCCACACAAACCAGCUCCACCGCCUUUUCACCAGACAGGAAUACAGCGACAUUUAAAAAGGUUGAUGUCGGUUUAUGGAAACUGAAACACUUCUCUGAAAGUCUCCUGACUCUUUAACGUUGAUGGUGGGUUGCCUUAUGAUGACUCCCGCCCGGAGGUCUUAGCUGACCCUUCUUAUUUCCCUCCACACCACUGCCCCUCACCCCAAUGAUGACUAUGAGCUCUAUUUCAGACACUUUAGUCCCGCCUGAUCCCUCCAAAUCGGCGUUUUUGGAGUUUGGCGGUCACGGCUACCCCGGACACCCCGGACACCAGCAGCAUUCCCCCGGUUUGUCCCACAACCAUUAUCCGGUCCACGGUCUUCACACCGUCGGGCCCUCGCAGCACGACGGGCCCUUUUCCUCCGGUGCAUCCUCAUACGGUCGCCCGCUGGGAUACCCACCUUACCACAGCCCCGUGAGCGCGCACCACCCUGGCCCCUACCUGCCGUACCAGCACGGGGGUCACGGCGGCGCGCUUGGACACACCAGACUGGAGGAUGCGGAGCACGAGAAGCCCACAGCGGUGAUAGAGAACGGGGAGGUGAGGCUCAACGGGAAGGGGAAGAAGAUCAGGAAGCCUCGGACCAUUUACUCCAGCCUACAGCUCCAGGCGCUCAAUCAGCGCUUCCAGCAAACCCAGUACCUCGCCCUGCCCGAGAGGGCCGACCUGGCAGCCAAACUGGGCCUGACGCAGACCCAGGUUAAAAUAUGGUUCCAAAACAAACGAUCCAAAUACAAGAAGAUCAUGAAGAACGGACCCUGUGGACCUGAGGGAGACCACCUAGCCCCCCCACCGCCGUCCUCCUCCUCUCCUUGCUCUCUGUGGGACAUCAGCAUGGCUGCCAAAGGCGCACCGGUGCACUCUGGAGGAUAUAUGAACAAUUUUGGACACUGGUACCCAGGACACCAGCAGGACUCCAUGCCAAGGACUCAGAUGAUGUGACAGACAAGAGGACGCAACUCUUCUGGGACAAGUUACGGAUUUAUGCCAGAAAGCUGACUGGUGCUGUUAGGGACACAGAUAUGGUCUGAGCCACUCUGGAGGCAGAAAUGGUAGAACUGUCAGAGAUGUAGUGCGGUGAACAGGUAUUGUUUAUAGCAGAGAUGCAGCGAUUGCAAUUUUCUUAGGCAGAUUCCAAUUUCCGAUCUCCUGACCUGCCGAUUCCCAUUUUGGCCGAUUCCAGUUUUCUGUCUAAGAACUAUAACUGACAGCUACACAAACAUUUUGUAACUUUUCUUUAAUGGACAAUUCAAUUGUAUAUUCAUAAUAAAACAUUGACUAAAUA